UCUAGGUUGGUGUGUAUUAGCGCGCUACACCUCAGCCUGUCACAGGCUGCAUCCCGAGGCCCGGUGGACACAAGGAAACAGGCCAGAUGAAGAAGUCAGCAUCUGCUGAGCCACAACGAAAUUAAAGUCAUUUAAGAAUGGAUGAGUGACUAAAAGAAAUAUUAACUUUACUAUUCCCAGGAGCAGAACAUCACGUUUUAUUUGAUUUCUUCCCGCCCCCCGCGUUUUGGCUCUAGAUAUUUUGUCCUUCUUUCUUGGCAAAAGAAGGAAUCUGUUUGGAUCCUCUCCAAGAACAUUAAACUUUGUAAAGGAUUUUACAUUUAUUUAGAUUUUUUCAACUAAUCCGGUCGCAGAUAAGUUUUUCUCCUCCAGAUAUUUGUGCUGGGGAUGUUGAGCUCUGUGAAGAUGGAAACCCAUGAUCUGCCAGAGUGGAAUACUUUCUACAGCGAGGCCAGUGAGAUGUAUUCAUCUCCCACCAGCAUGAACUCUGGUCUGGGCUCCAUGGGCACCAUCAACAGCUACAUCAACCUGAACCCAGCCACCGCCUCCCCUGCAGGUAUGAACAUGGCGUACCCCAGUUCCAGCCUCAGCAGCUCCCCACUGGCCUCCAUGGGCUCCGGGCCCAGUCAUAUGUCUCUCUCCCCGGUGGCCUCAUCUCUCAGCGCAGGCUCACUAACCCAGCUGGGCAGUGCUGCUCCUGGCUCCCUGGGCUCCUUGUCCCACUACCAGAACAUGGGCCAGACCAUGAGCCAGCUAGGAUACCCAUCCACUGCAACUCUGAGCAGGGCCGGGCCUAAAGAGAUUCCCCCAAAGCCCUACCGACGCUCCCUGACCCAUGCCAAGCCGCCAUACUCCUACAUCUCCCUCAUCACCAUGGCAAUCCAGCAGAGUGGCAGCAAAAUGCUAACCCUGAAUGAGAUCUACCAGUGGAUCAUGGACCUGUUCCCCUACUAUCGUGAGAACCAGCAGCGCUGGCAGAACUCCAUUCGCCACUCGCUCUCCUUCAAUGACUGCUUUGUGAAGGUAGCUCGCUCGCCAGACAAGCCAGGUAAAGGCUCUUACUGGACUCUGCACCCGCAGUCAGGCAACAUGUUCGAGAACGGCUGCUACCUGAGGCGCCAGAAGCGCUUCAAGAUCGAGGACAAGGCAGCAAAGAAAGGAGCCAAGAGCCAGGAGGGGGGCUCAGGAAAAGGACGCCACAGUGGAGAUCACCUGAUGGAGGACUGCAGCCCCACAGAAGGAUCAGAGGGAGCCAACUCCACCCACUCAGACAGCUCCCACCCAGGGUCUUCAGAUGACCAGACGCAUCCCCGAAACUCCCUGGGUCCACUAGAAUGCCCUCCACUGUCCUCCUCACACCUGCACAGCCCGUCUGUCUCCAUGGCUCCCUCCUCCUCCUCCACCUCAACCUCCAUCCCUCCAUCCUCCUUGUCCCUUUCCGCCACUUCCUCUUCUUCCAACCCACUCCUCCACUCCCAGUCUCUAGCAGGUAGUGCCCACCUCCUACCCAGCACCAUGCAGCAGCAAAUGGACCUACAGAAUGAUGCCCUGAAGUCCCUGGACCCCCACUACAAUUUCAACCACCCUUUUUCCAUCACCAACCUUAUGUCCAAUGAGCAGAAGAUGGACCUCAAAUCCUACCAGGACCAGGUGAUGGCCUACAACAGCUACACCAGCGGCUCUCCUGUGGGAGCCAAGCAGAUCUACGACAGCCCUGGGCCGGCCACCAUGGACUCAGGCGCUUACUACCAAACUCUGUACAGCCGUUCAGUGCUCAACGCCUCCUAAUAUGUACAUACACACCCCUUACGCACACCUGCCUGCAGAGGUGAGCCAAGAUGGAGACUUCUCUCUGUCUGUCUUUUCUAAAAUGGACACCCAAAGCUUUUCUCUCCCUCUCUGGCUCAAGUGUAGUGGCCUUGGAAGAGCCACAUCUAAAAUGGCUGCUGUAUUUGAGGGACCAAAGAACAGGAUCGUAUUCCCCAUUUACCAUCUCUGACAAACAUGGAGACCGGUUGGUUACAAAGAGAACAGAAAAGUGAAGUUGGAUGAUUAGAAUUCUUAACUGAUGAAGACAUUUGACUCGUCUGUGUGUAAGUCAAUACAGAAGCUAGAUCCUGUCUUUGCCUGUUGCAGGAACACUGUCUCAGGCAAAAUUGGCUUUGUACAAAAUGUAAAUAGAGGCAUUGUGGGGGGAAAAUGAUAUUUGCAUUUAUUUAUGAAGGGAAUAAAUUUUAAUAUAUCUUGUAUAAUGCUCUGUCGACCAGUUACAACCCAAAUGUGAGGGGUUUUUUUUAAUCAAAAGGCAGAGAUGGAAGCGAGUUUCAGGUUACUGCUUCGGCAGGUGUUACUGCAGUGGGAGAUAGUUAAGUACAUUUCUGUGUUACAGCAUUUUACACAAUGUUCCCGUAUUUCUGUCGGUUUAGGCGUCCGUCAAUGUAAAUGUAGCUCAUUCAGUCUGUACUUUAAAAAAAUGGUUUGAUGUUUUGGUUGAUAUGAAGAAAA